CAAGCCGAAAGUGGCAUUCACAACUUGGUGAUGAAUACCCCCUUGCUAUUAAACGGUCACAAAAAUUUGUGAAUAAAGAUUAUGAAUGGUAUAUAUUUGAAGGUGAUAAAGCUUUUAUUUGUCCACCAGGAAAACUGUUGAUAGUCCUCACCUUUUGGAAUAUAGGUAGUUUAGCACAAUAUGGUAUUUGUGCCGUUUUAUGGUCCACACAACAAUAUCGACCUGUAGUAAUAUAUCUUGUAUUGGACAUCAUUGCUUUGAUAUGUGAAAUUGUACCAAUCCCUUUAGUGGUCGUACAACAAAAACGUGCAAGGUUGGCACAACAUUUUGCAUCCUUUGAACCUAAUCAACGACGAUUGUUAAGUCCAAGGUACC